AUGACAUUUCUGCCGCCAAAGUCGCUGCAUUCAAAAACGUCUACAGGCAAGCGAAAGUAUCACCUGAAACUGAGAAAUGGUUGUCUGACUUGCAAGAGAAGAAGGGUCAAAUGUGACGAAACUCGACCCCAAUGUGUCAAGUGCACCAACAUGAAGUUGGUUUGUGGAUACACUUUGCCAGACGAUCAAGAACCAGACCCCAAGCGUCAACACUCGUCGCAGCCACAACAGCAGGCCACCCCUGGCUCAACUCCAGCGGCCACGCCGAGCCCCAAGGGUGCUCCCGGACCAGCGUCUGUGUCUGAGGCAUCGGUAGCGGCAGCAGCGGCCCUGGGAUCGAGCGGUACGCCGGAUCUCGCCAGUCUUCUCAAUGCUGGAAAUCUCAAUAAUAUCAAUCUCAGCCAUCUUGUCAACAAUAUCAGCGGAAAGGGAGCCGAUCUCGGCAGUCUUGCUAGUCUUUCCAACUUGGCUACGUUGGCUAAUCUUCCCAUUGAUCUCUCGAAUCUUGGGCUGAUGCUCCAAACAAACCUGCCACCAAAACUGGACCACCAUUCGCGGCCCGCACCAGGAAUUUCUCCCAACGUGAACAACAGCCGGAUGCCAGACCCAUUGGGGACCGACGCUGCCGUUCUCAACAUGAUGGACCUUCGGUUGAUGUUCCACUACACUUCGCAGGUGUCGAGCACCAUCACUGGCGCCGGCAUUUCCGAUACCAAUAUCUGGAGCUACGAUAUUCCCAUGUUGGCGUUCCAAUAUCCGUUUCUAAUGCACUCUAUUCUAGCAUUUAGUGCUACACACUUGCUGCGCACCGAAAAGGGUCUCGACCAGUGCGUUACCUGCCAUCGUGGUGAAGCAUUACGGCUUCUUCGAGAAGCAGUGUUGGAUAUCAAUUCCGAUAAUACCGACGCUUUGGUGGCUCUGGCGUUGAUUCUAAUCAUGGACUCACUCGCCAAUGCGUCGCUCCCACUGGCAACAUCACCCAAAUCUCUUCCUGCUUCGGCGUGGAUCUUCCAUGUUAAAGGCGCUGCCACCAUCUUGACGGCGGUAUGGCCGCUCACCGAAGCGCUGCGAUUCUACAAAUAUAUAUUCGUCGACUUGGGAGAUUUGGGAGAUAUAAUGAACCAUAAAGUUAACCUCAAGUCACGCUCGGAGGACUACUACUCGGACCUCGAAUGCCACGACUCGGAUAUCGCCGACUUGUUCCCCAUUGCUAUCGAUUCACCAUAUCUCAUCACCCUCGCUUACCUCAACAAACUCCACAAAGAACGAUACAAAUCUGACUUUAUUCUUCGAAUAUUUGCGUUCCCGGCACUCCUCGACAAGACAUUCUUGGCACUCUUAAUGGCAGGCGAUAUCAAGGCCAUGAGAAUCAUGAGACUGUACUACAAACUCUUACGAUCGUUCACCAUGGAAAUGAAAGACAAGGUGUGGUUUUUGGAAGGAGUGGCUGAGGUGCUCCCCGUGGACGUGGAGGAAUACGCUGGGGGUGCUGGAGGCAUGCACAUGAUGCUUGAUUUUUUGGGUGGAGGACCGGCCAUUGUAGACAAUGAACUUGACGAAGAAAUUCGCAAUUUCGAUGGAAACUUGGCGACUCGUCUUGUUGACCCAGAAAACCUUCCAAGCGACGUAGCGAACGUCGACGACGACCAGAGCUUUAUGAAUAUCGGGGAGCUUCCUACUAGUACAUAA